GCAGACUCCCAUAUCAACAGCUCAUAGUUUCUUCAUUCCUUCCCUUUUGAGCUUUACUAUGGCCUUCUUUCCAUCCUAUAUCCUCCUUUUGUCGUUUCUAGUUAUUGUUUCUGCUGGGGAUUACGAUUAUGCCUCUAACCCAAACAAUAGCUACGGCUCAACACCCAUGUCGGCAAAUGUCCCCAAGCUAGAUAAUAAGUAUGCCUCUGGCUCUACACCCACAUCCGAAAAUGUCAAACCUGACUAUGAGUAUGCCCCAAAAUCCAAACCUCACAAUGUCCCGAAAGAUGAGUACAACCUUGAACCAGAAUCCAACGUUGUCAAGCCUGAAGGUGAGUAUGAGAAACCUAAGCCUGAUAAAACUAUGUAUAUCCCCAAACCAAAAUCAGACAACAUCAAGCCUGAAAAUGAGUAUGGUGCAAUAUCUAAACCAGACAUUGUCAAGCCUCAUAAUAACUAUAGCCCGAAGCCUGAACCCGAAACCACCUAUCCUAAGCUAAAAUUAGAAUAUGUCAAACCCGAUAAAGAGCAUAGUACUCCAAAAUCUAAAUCGGACACUGUUAGUCUCGACAACACCUAUCCUCAACCAAAGAAAGAAUAUAGCAAAUCUAGUGAAGAGUACAAUUCAAAGUCUAAAUCAGACAUUGUUAAACCCGAUGACACCUAUACUAAACCAAAGCCAACAUAUUCAAAACCUACAUCAUACAUUACAAAACCCGAUAGCACUUAUUCUGAAUCAAAGCCAGAGUAUGUCAACUCUAAUGAAGAGUACAAACCAAAAACUAAAUCAGACAAUGUCAAACCCGAAAGUACCUAUCCUAAAUCAAAACCAGAAUAUGUCAAACCUAGUGAAGAAUAUAGCUCAAAACCUGAAUCAGAGACCUUGAAUCAUGAUAACACCUACUUCACACCUGAAUCAGAUAUUAAAUCCGAUGAAGAGUAUAUCCCCAAACCAAAGACUGACAAAGUGAAUUACGGUUAUAUUCCAAAACCUGACCAUAAGAAACCUCACUCUGAGUAUCUCCCAAAACAUAACCUAAACCAUCCUGAGUUGACUGUCCCUAAACCAGACACUGUUGAAGAAGGUCAUGGGUAUGGUCCGGAAUUAGAAAAUCCACUCCGAGUUGGCAUUGAAGGGCUUGUCUUAUGCAAAUCGGGUUCUAGCUAUAUUCCUGUUGAAGGUGCUGUGGCAAGGAUAACGUGUUCAGUUUUGGACAAGAGUGGGUAUAAGACAACACCUUUCUCUUGCUUGACUGGUGCAACUGAUGCGAAGGGUUACUUCUUCAAGGCACUUUCUCUUUUAGGGCUUGAUGAUGAUUUGAAGUUGAUAGAUUGCAAGGUUAAUCUCGAAAGAUCUCCAUUAGAAACCUGCAGUAUUCCUACAGACGUAAACAAGGGGAUUACUGGUGCUCACCUUUCUUCUUACCGCAUCCUCUCUGACAAGAAGUUGAAGUUAUUCUCAGUUGGACCUUUCUUUUACACCUCAGAGCCCAAAUCAACUCCUACUACUGGUUACUAGAAUUGCUUUUAAUGUCGACAAAAUGUUUUUGUUUUUGUUUCGAGUUUUCCAGAAACGGAAUGGAUGUUCCUGUUUGUUGCUGAUUGUAUUCUUACUGGAUUUUGCCAUUUUCAUCAAAGAGUUUGUAAUAAAUUCAUUAAUUUCCAAAGUUAAGGCUUUUAUUUCAUUUA